CAGAACUUUUCCUGUCGGGUACUCGUCCACUGACGCGUCGUUGUUUCUGUCACUCAUUACAAUCAGUUCUCCAUGCUGGUCGUAUUCUUGGCUAUUUUAUCACAUCUUUCGAGUACAUUAACGUACUCGAGCUUUGAGAAAAGAGAACAAUCUUUGGCGUUGCCGCAUCACACAUUUGGCUGGUUUUCUUACGGCAGUGCGGUAUUCGAACCGGAUCAUGUACGGCUAACACAGGACGUACGCAGUCAGACUGGCGGUCUUCAGUGCACCGCCCCGAUGAUGUAUCGUGAUUGGGAGAUUCACCUCACCUUUCAUGUCCACAGUUCUGGAAAGGCUUUGGUGGGCGAUGGCUUUGCUUUCUGGUACACAGAGCAACCUAUCUCAAUGGGCAGCGCUUUUGGAAGUCGUGAAGUGUUCAGAGGCCUGGGCAUAUUUUUCGACACGUAUGCCAAUCAAAACGGUGCUCACGCCCAUGAACACCCGUACAUCAGUGCUAUGGUGAGUGAUGGGAAAAAUGCCUACGAUCAUGACAAAGAUGGUACACUUACGGAGCUAGCGGGAUGUUCAACUGACUUUCGGAAUCAUGAGCGCGCCAAGGCCAUCAUUCGGUUCGUCAGGGAUCAACUUUCGCUAAAAUUGUUUUAUCCGGACUCUGAGAAGGAAGUUGAGUGCUUUUCAGUUGAUGGAGUCCACUUGCCGAUUGGUUACUACCUGGGAGUUUCGGCAGCAACCGGAGAUCUUUCUGAUACUCACGACAUUGUCUCUGUAAAAACCUUCGAAGUGGAUGCAGAGCGAACGCCCGAGGAACUGAGCAUCGAUGCGGCGCAAAUCGAACCCUCUUCUGGACAUGCAGCCGCACCACGGCCUCGUGUACCGGACGAUCCAUCCCCCUCCCGUCUUAUGCGUUGGAUUGGAAAGGCCUUCUUGCUGCUUUCCAUAUUGGGAGUUCUCGGAACUUGUGGUUAUUUUGGCUAUCGACACUACACUGGUGGGCGACGACAUGUGAAGCGCCUCUACUAAAGAUUUCAUCCAAAUUCCCCGACAGAACCGUGUCUAAUCUGAACGUGUAAACAGGUUUAUUUUCCUCAGGUGGACGUUGUUAUUCAUUCUUGUGUAUCUACGGGAUACGGAGAUUUUUUUACUUCAUUCCUAUUAUGUUCUUGAAUUUCUUUCUAUAACGCACAACGAGAAGACUGUGGUUGUCUUCGAUUCGCGCCGUUUGGUUCCUCUUCGAUUCUUUUCCGUCUUCUUUUCUGAUACUCUAGACGAAAUGAAAACACCCUCACACUGCGCACGUACGCAUCUGUGUGUACGCGCUUUUGUUAGCGAGAAAAUAUAGGUUGACUUGGUGUAAUCUUUUUUGAAAUGUGUUUGGGAAUCGGUUCAUUCCUCUCCUUACAGAAUUCCCCAUUACUUGUUUUGCGUUCCCAUUUCUACUCAGCAACAUUCCGUAGACAACUGGGUGGGGUUAUUUUGGUCUUUUUAGCUGGAGGCUUAUAGGGUUUUCUCAUGAAGUAUACUGCUGACAUGAUAUUUACAGUUCACUUGGCACUGCUACCAUUGUCUUCGUUAGUAUCAUGAAUGUUCCUGCAGGCUUCCAUGUGCCAGUCGAACUUUUGAAUAAACCUUAUUCUCC